AUGAAACAAAAAUUACAGAAAAUUAAAAAAAUGAAGUGUUCAAUUUGUUUGAGUGAUGACUGUUAACUAUUUACAGACAAAAAUUGUAAAUGUUAAUUCUGCUUUGAUUGUGUUCUUAAUUGGAUUGAAGAGAAAAUCAAUUUAAAAUAGUAGGUCAAUUCCAUCUCAUGUUUAAACCAUAAAUGCAAGUAAAUAAUUUCCUUAGAAAACUUUCAACUAUCCAUAACGAACAAGCAAAUCGAAGAAAAGUACAUGGACAUAAUGUUAAAAAAUUAUUUUCAACAAACACAUGAUAUUAGACCUUGUCCAAACAAUAAAUGCAGUUACUAUGCAUUUCUUCCUACCAACAGAUGUGGCAAAGAAUUCUCUUGUCAAUAAUGCAAUUUUAAUUGGUUGGAUAAACAAUAUCUGUCAUAUGACAAACUAUUCCUAUUAAAACUUAAAGAUAUAAAGAGUGACAUCUUCACAUCUGUGUUCGAAUUCAUUUCCACAUAAGAAUGCCCAAGAUGCAAUUCUAAAAUAUUGAAAAAUGGUGGGUGUAGUCAUAUGACGUGUAAAAAAUGUCAAUUUUAUUAUUGCUGGAGUUGCAACAAUUAGUUGAACGAUUAGGUUCAUAGCGAAAAACUCUGCCUAAUUAGAGUGCUCAGUUAUCUAUCGAUGAUCCUUCUCAAUAUUGCUGUUACAUUUUACAACUUGGGAUGGCUGCAAUACAUAUUCAUGGCCAUCUGGUACCCACUAUACGGAUUGGGUCUCUCUUUGCUCUACAACUCCUACAUCAUCUUGCCUAUCACUAUUAUUGCCACGUUGGUGUACACUUACAAGCAAUGGCAACAGGUGACUGCAGUCAGAAAACAGAGAUUCAUCAAAUCCCAAGCAAUAACCCUAAUUGUAUAAAUCAUCAUAUCCAUACUCUUGGCCAUAGCUACCUAUUACAAUAUUUUCAAUAUUAACUUUAAUCAAGCUCUGAACUAUCAUUACUACUAAUUCAUUAUCAUCAUGUCAGGAGGUUCAAUAGUGCUGGUUGUGUUGCUGUUCAACAAUUUCUUUUAUUAAAAUUGGCUCAAAUUUUUGAUUUGAAGAUAUUUAUAUAUAAAAUUCAAUAUCUUUAUACCAA